CUUUCUUUCUUCUUCUCCAGCCCGAUUCUGCUUUUCUUCUCAUUUCUUCCCGCUGCAGCCACUCGAAAGAAAAAGAAAGGGAAACCCAACCAUGCCUUUGAGAAACCGGUGAGAUAAGCUUGGUUUUCUCCUUCUUUCCUUGCUCUAGAACACACCUAGAACCCAGAAAUCUCUCCCCCUCUGCUGAAAAAGCCGGAUCUGCCCUGCUCUGCUUUGUCCUUCCGCCGGCUGCUCUUGAUUGUGGGUGAUUUCUGGGCAUUUUUUUCGACCCGUGAGCUUCCCUGCAGCUUGCCGCCGGCCUCUUCCCCCCCUGCAGCUCCGGUUUUAGCUGGAGAAUUAUGCUAGUGGUUGGCCAUUGUUUGGAAGUUGCAGUUACUGUUCACGUCGGGGUCACUGUUCACCGGCACUGUUCACCGGCACUGUUCACCGGUUACUGUUCACACCCCGAGGGCCAACAUUUAACGGGAAUUUAAAUGAUUAGUUUGUGAUAUGAGACCGAAUUUGGAGAUGUCCGAUCAUGUGGAAAGUGAUAGAAAUAGCAUUGUGAUUAGGAGUGAUCCUAAUGAUGAUUUCAGUUUGAAUGUGUGAUAGUCGGGUAUUAAUUCUGAGGUGUUUUGAUUAGGUUCCCGAUCGUUCUGUCAGUUAGCACUGAGAUUGAGUGCUCGGUUUUAUGGAUUGAGUGCUCGAUUUUAAGCAAAUGAGGUAAGUAAAUUUAUGGUAAUGCCCGUAUAAUUUUUAAAAGCAUGUUUUGAUUUGUUUUUGAAGUGGUGGCGGGACUAAACCCGUUUUACACAAGUAUGACUGAUUUGAAGUGAAAUGCUUUAUGCUUUUCAUUAAAUUGAGCAUGCCUACUUGAAAUUUAAUUGAUUGUCUUGAUGAUUUGAAAGUGAUUGGUAAAGAAUGAUUUUCUGUGAACUUCUGCCUGUUUUGUCUCCGAUAUGGUUAUGUUAUUGAUUGUAAUCCUGCUAGUGAAGGUUAAACGCUAGCACAUGUCGACAUGUUAUUGAUAGAACCGGUUCGUCCAAGUGUAGCCUGCCAGUGGAAAGUUUAAUACACUGGCCAUGACCUAUAGAGGAGACGUCUAUUUCGUUCCCGUACUGUAUCCGUUUUUCAUGAUUGCACUUGUUGGCAUGCUAUAAGUUUAAAUAAGGGGCACUCCAUAUUUACUUACUGAGUUUAUCUCAUAGUUUUCCUUGUCCACCAUUUCAGGAAGUGAAACCGAGGACGGGGAAACCACGGGAAGUGAUGAGUUAGGAGACUAGCCAUUUCGAGAUUGAUAUAGAUUUUAGAAGUAAAUCAUGAUCUUGUAAACCAGAGUGUAUUUGGAGAUUUAUGAUAUCAGAGAGAAUUUUAUAAUU